UCAUUUCCGCCUCCGGCGAACCAAACCGCCUCUGCCAUGGCAACAAGCGGAGCUAACCUGUUCUUGUCGCUAUUAUUAAUUAGCCUGGUUUCGGCGGGCGACGUCAAGUUAAAGUACAAAGCCGCCACCAAGCCUGUGAGGUUAUUCACCGAGGAGGAGCUGAAGAGGUACGACGGAAGCCAGGAGGGAGAGUCCAUCUACAUGGCGGUCAAAGGGGUGGUGUUCGAUGUUACCAAGGGAAAAGAGUUUUAUGGCAAAAACGCGGCAUACAACGCCUUGGCUGGCAAGGACUCCACCCGAGCCGUAGCGAAGAUGUCCCUCGACCCCGAAGACCUGACGUCAGAUACCACCGGCCUCACGAAGCAGCAGCUGGACUCCCUGGACAGCGUCUUUGAGGACACCUACAAAGCCAAGUAUCCAAUCGUUGGCUACACGGCAGCGCGCAUCCUCAACGAGGACGGAAGCCCCAACGAGGACUUUAAACCUGAAGACCAGCCUCACUUUAAGAUCAAAGACGAGUUUUAA